AUGAGGUUCUGCUGGGUCCUGCUCGCCAUCGGGGCCUGCAUAGGGAGUAUAAACUCACAGGAUGUGUGCAGGCAAGGGCAUUCUGGCAUCCCCGGGAAUCCUGGACACAACGGACUGCCGGGAAGAGAUGGGCGAGAUGGAGCAAAGGGAGACAAAGGAGAUGCAGGAGAACCAGGAAUUCCCGGAGGUCCAGGUAAAGAUGGAAUUAAUGGACAAAAAGGAGAACAAGGAGCAGAUGGAAAAGUAGAAGCAAAAGGCAUCAAAGGUGAACCAGGCUCAAGAGGAUCACCAGGGAAGCAUGGGCCGAAGGGACUUGUGGGUCCCAUGGGAGAGAAAGGCCUCAAAGGGGACCCCGGCAUUCAAGGGCAAAAGGGGAUUAAGGGUGAGGUGGGGCCCAUGGGACCAGAAGGCUUGCAGGGAAACCCUGGACCUUUGGGUCCGACUGGCUUACGUGGUCCUGUUGGCCCCAUUGGGAAGCCUGGCCCCCAGGGAGAUGCUGGACCUGUGGGGCCUCAGGGGGAGCCAGGAGCUCGAGGCCUGAGAGGCUGGAAAGGGGACCGAGGAGAAAAAGGGAAAAUUGGGGAAACACCUGUGCUGCCCAAGAGUGCCUUCACUGUGGGACUGACCGUGUUGAGCAAGUUUCCAGCCUCGGAUUUACCCAUCAAGUUUGAUCGGAUCCUCUACAAUGAGUUCAACCACUACAAUGUGGCCACGGGGAAGUUCACCUGCCACGUGGCUGGCGUCUAUUACUUCACCUACCACAUCACGGUCUUCUCCAGGAACGUGCAGGUGUCCUUGGUGCGGAAUGGGGUGAAGGUCCUGAACACCAAAGAUGGUUAUCUGAGCUCAGAAGACCAGGCCUCUGGGGGCAUGGUCCUGGAGCUGAAGCUGGGGGACGAGGUAUGGAUGCAGGUGACAGGUGGUGAGCGGUUCAAUGGCUUGUUUGCAGAUGAAGAUGAUGACACCACUUUCACGGGCUUCUUGCUAUUCACCAGCCCAUGA